GAUCAGUACCAGUGUCACCUCUGACUACUUUCUUCAGAAUUCUCCUGGCCGUAUUUGUGGAAGCCCUCGGCAACAUUCAAGCCCUACUUUUUUCUCUGGGCCCAGAUAUUCCUUCAGCUCUCCAUCCAGUCCACUGCUGCCUGUACCCUGCCAACCUGGAACCCCAUAUUGUGAAGCACCAGUGACUGUGUCCCUUUCAAUCAGUCCUGACAGAUCUGGAGAAUCUCUGAAGAGCAGCUCCCAUGUGGACAGCAAGGCCAAAGCUCCAGGUACUCCUAUAAUAGGAGUAACAGGAUUGUCUGGGCCUCCUGAGCAAGUGAAGAUAACUCCUGUUCUAUUAACACCAUGUAAAGAAAAAGGUAGUAGAAUUCUCAAACUUACCAAGGCAUCUAAGAGUCAAGUCGAAAAAUCUGAGCCCCGUGAGAAAAAUCUAAACCAAAAAAGUGGCUCCAACCGACUGUCCUGGCCUGAAAAUGAAGGGGGUAAAAGUCGUUCAAAGUCCUCCACAAAAAGCAGCCCAAGAGCAGAGACUCCAAAACUUUCUGGGGGUGGAAAAAACCUGUUGUCACCAUCCUCCUGUGACCCCAAAGCUUUUAGAAAGGGAAAAAGCAGGACAGUGGACAACAGUGACCUAGACCUACUACCUGAAGAGUUCAAGAAGGUACGCGAGGGAGCAUCUCCUACUGGAGACAAGGCCAAGGUUUCAGCAGCUAGGGACAGGAAGAUGCUGAAAUUCAUUAGUGGUAUCUUCACCAAGUCCUCUGUGGCUGCCUCUGUCUCUCCAAGUGGAUUAAGUCCAGGAGAUGAAAGAGACUUUGAAAAAUGUGUAAUCAAUAGCCAGGAAUGGACCCUCAGUCGCACAGUACCGGAAAUACGUGUGGGAGUUCUGGGUAAUGUCAAAAGUGCAAAAUCUUCUCUGGUUCACCGAUUUGUUACUGGAUCCUAUCUGGCAUUAGAGGCACCAGAAAGUGAUCAGUUCAAGAAAGAGAUUAGUGUGGAGGGCCAAAGCUACCUACUGCUGAUCAGAGAAGAAGCAGGGGCCCCUGAUGCAAAGUUUUCUAACUGGGUGGAUGGCGUCAUCUUUGUGUUCAGCCUGGAAAAUGAAGCAAGUUUUCAGGACAUAUUCCAGUACUAUGCUCUCCUGGCGAACUAUCGUAACGUGUCUGACAUUGCUGUGGCACUGGUGGGGACUCAAGAUAAAAUCAGUUCCAACAACCCCAGGGUGAUUGAAGAUGUGCGAGCCAGAGGUCUGUGCAAUGACAUGAAACGAUGCAUGUACUAUGAGACAUGUGCCACCUAUGGGUUAAAUGUGGAUCGAGUCUUUACUGAAGUUGCUCAGAAGGUCUUAUCAUUGAAGAGACAGCAACAGCUACUAUCAUGCAAGUCAUUACCCAGUUCUCCAAGUCAUUCUGGUGGUUCCACUCCAUUAUCAGUGCAGACUAGCAAUGGAGGACCAGGAAAUGAUUACUCUUCGUCAUUACCUUCAACCCCGAACAUCAGUCACAGAGAGCUGCGCAGCGAGGUGUCCAUCGCAGUUAGCACACCGGGCCCACUACAUCGUGGAGCUAAACGUCGUACAAGCCUUUUCCCAACCCGAAGGGGCAGUGAUAUGGAGAAGAGGAGUUUUGAUAGCCGAGGUGACCCUAUCACUGGUGGUAGAGCUCUGCCUAUCAAACAGAGCUUCUUAAUGAAACGCAGUGGUAAUUCUCUGAACAAGGAGUGGAAGAAAAAGUAUGUUACAUUGACAAGUAAUGGAGUGUUGCUCUAUCAUCCAAGUAUUAAUGACUACCUGCACAACACGCAUGGGAAGGAGAUGGACCUUUUAAAAACAACAGUGAAAGUGCCGGGAAAGAGACCUCCUAGAGCUAUCUCGUCUUGUGGCCCAGCAGCCAGUAUAAAUGGCUUAUUAAAAGAUGUUAGUAGCCCUACAGUGACUGAUACCCCAUGUAAAAAGCCUCAAACAACAAAGAGCAGCUCAACUGGGGAUGUGAUUUCCAGCCCAUCCAGCAACAAGGAGCCUCCACCAUCACCACUAAGUGACAAAAAGAAGAACAGGAAAAAGAAAAGUAUGACACCCUCCAAAACAGAGGGCUCGGCAGGACAGGCAGAUGCCAAGCGCAAAAUGUGGAAAUUAAAAACAUUUGGUAGUUUAAGAAACAUUUAUAAAACAGAGGAGAACUUCGAAUUCAUUAUUGUAUCAAGUACGGGACAAACAUGGCAUUUUGAGACCGGCAGUUUUGAAGAAAGAGAUUCCUGGGUACAUGCUAUUGAAAGUCAGAUCCUUGCAAGUCUACAGUGCUGCGAAAGUAGCAAAAACAAGGCUCGCUUGGACAGUCAAAGUGAGGCUGUAGCCAUCCAAGCUAUCCGCAACGCAAAAGGGAAUAAUUUCUGCGUAGACUGCAAUGCACCAAAUCCUACUUGGGCCAGCUUGAAUCUGGGUGCCCUGAUCUGCAUUGAAUGCUCAGGAAUCCAUCGGAAUCUUGGAACACAUUUGUCGCGAGUGCGCUCCUUGGACCUUGAUGACUGGCCGCUUGAGCUGACUCUUGUCCUGACAUAUAUUGGAAAUGCAAUGGCCAACAGCAUCUGGGAAAUGACAACUCAAGGUCGGACCAAGCCAAAUGCUGACUCCUCCAGGGAAGAGAGGGAAUCAUGGAUCCGAGCAAAGUACGAGCAGCGUUUAUUUUUGGCGCCUUUAAAAAGUCCUGGGGUCCCGCUUGUCAAACAGCUCUACAGAGCAGUUCAAGAAAAGGAUCUGGCCAAUGUCUUACUUCUGCUGGCACACAGUAAUAAGGAGCAGAUCAAUAGUCCUACCGGUGACCGGGACAAGCGCACCGCUCUUCAUGUGGCCUGUGAGCUGCCCAAUGUGGUGAUGACACAACUGCUAGUCUGGUAUGGCGUUGAGGUGAAGGCCAAGGACAUCAAUGGUCACACUGCGCUCUUCUAUGCUAGAAAAUCUGGAAAUCGAGAGUGUGUGGACAUUCUUCUUCAACAUGGAUGCCCCAACGAGCCCUCAAGUUCCAUGAGUACCCCAAUUCAGAGAAGAAAAAGCAGCUGUUCUAGCAUCUUAAGAACUGAUUCUCGGACUGCCCUUGUAUAGCCAGCCACCCUGCCAAGAAGAAAGCUGGCUUCAAAUCAGUGACUUUGUGGCCAGUCAGAAACUUGUCUGGUUGCUCUUCUGUGCCAAUGUGUAAUUUGUUACAAAGGAAAAGCAAGAAUUUAUCUGUAUAUAGGAAUUGGAUAUGUAUAUUUUGGAGUACGUAACUGAAGAA